AUGCCUCAAAAAGAAAGCUGCCCUAAGGGCUACUCACAGGUGCCUCAGGCGAAUCAGGAAGCUUCUGUUCACGUUCGCAGCAGCACGAAGAGCAAGAACGCGUUUGACUUCACCUUUGAAGCGGUCCGUCCCAAUCUUUUCCGCGCCACCUUCUCUUCCGCAGAGCACCCAAUCCCGCCCUAUCCAAGUGUCACAAAGCCCGAGACAAACCUGCAGGGCGCCAAUGUCUUCGCCGAGGAGAGUGCUUCCUCCAAGACAUUCGACGUCGCCGGUGUCACAGCUUCGGUGGACUGGGAGCAUACGCCCGUGGUCAAGAUCUCAUGGACCGGCUCUGAGAAGCCUCUUCACGCAGAUUUGCCCCUGCGAUCCUUCGUCGCAGACGGCGAGGGCGUAGCCAACUACUCCGUGCAUGACCGCGAGUGCCUCCAUGUCGGACUCGGCGAGAAGGCGGCCCCUAUGGACUUGAGCGGCCGCCAGUUCCAGCUCUCAGCCACUGACUCAUUCGGUUAUGAUGUUUACAACACCGAUCCCCUCUACAAGCACAUUCCACUCUUGAUCAAGGCUUCUCCGGAGGGUUGUGUGGCCAUUUUCUCAACAACCCAUGGCCGUGGCUUGUGGUCCGUGGGAGCUGAGAUCGAUGGCCUCUGGGGACACUUCAAGGUCUAUCGCCAGGACUACGGUGGUCUCGAACAAUACUAUAUUGUUGGAAAAACAAUUAAGGAUGUCGUUCGCUCAUACGCAGAAUUGGUUGGAUUCCCUCUGCUUGUGCCCCGCUGGGCUUAUGGCUACAUCUCCGGUGGCUAUAAGUACACUAUGCUGGAUGAGCCGCAGAAGGCCCAUUUGGCUCUUCUGGAGUUUGCCGAAAAGCUCAAGCAUCACGGCAUUCCCUGCUCUGCUCAUCAAAUGAGCUCCGGGUAUUCUAUUGCAGCUACCGAGCCCAAGGUUCGCAAUGUCUUUACAUGGAACUACGAGCGAUUCCCAGAUCCCCAGGACUGGAUCGCCAAGAUGCACGAGCAUGGUAUCCGACUUAUCACCAACAUCAAGCCUUUCUUGUUGGCUUCUCAUCCUAAAUUCCAGAAGCUCGUCGAUGCCGGUGGCUUUUUCAAGGAUUCUGAGAAGGAGCCUGGAUACAUGCGUCUGUGGAGUGCUGGUGGUGCUACGGGUGGUGAUGGAGCUCACAUUGAUUUCACCUCGGCGGAGGCCUUCAAAUUCUGGUAUGACGGUGUUCAGAGCUUGAAAAAGGUCGGCAUCGACGGUAUGUGGAAUGACAAUAACGAAUAUACCCUACCCGACGAUGAUUGGACCUUGUCUCUCAAUGAGCCCACUGUGGCUGAAGCUGCAGCAAAGAAAGUCAAGAACUCUGUUGGUCUCUGGGGCCGUGCAAUGCACACAGAGUUGAUGGGCAAGUCUUCACACGAUGCUUUGCUGGACAUGGAGCCCAAGCAGCGUCCCUUCGUCUUGACCCGCAGUGCUACCGCCGGAACCCUUCGAUAUGCCGCAUCUUCCUGGAGCGGUGACAACGUCACUAGCUGGGAGAACAUGAAAGGUGCCAAUGCUCUUUCUCUCAACGCCGGCAUGUCCCUUCUCCAGUGUGAAGGUCACGACAUUGGUGGGUUUGAAGGCCCCCAGCCCUCACCUGAGCUCCUCCUCCGCUGGGUCCAACUGGGCUGCCAUGCUCCCCGCUUUGCAAUCAACUGCUUCAAGACCUCUCCAAAGGACUCUUCUGUCGGUGAUGUCAUCGAGCCUUUCAUGUAUCCUGAAAUCACACCCCAGAUCCGUGACACCAUCAAGCGCCGCUAUGAAAUGCUGCCCUACAUCUAUUCACUCGGUCUGGAGAGCCAUCGAUAUGCAACACCACCACAGCGUUGGACAGGGUGGGGCUACGAGUCCGAUCCCGAGGUUUGGACCAAGACACUCAAGGCAGGCGAAGAUCAAUUCUGGUUUGGUGACACCGUCCUUGUUGGUGGCGUUUACAAGACCGGAAUCGACGUUGCCAAUGUCUACCUCCCUCGCAAGACUGGUGUCUUCGAUUACGGCUACGUUAACAUGAAUGCCCCAUAUCAGUACCUGGCAUCUGGCCAAUGGGCUGAGAUCUCAUCAGAGUGGCAGAAGAGCAUUGCGCUCAUUGCCCGUGUCGGUGGAGCCAUCCCCAUUGGAAAGAGCGUUCACACCCGUGUCCCCGGUGAUGAAACCGCUGCUUCGGUUGGAGUCCAGGAGAUCGAUGAUUACCGUGGCGUGGAGAUCUUCCCACCCAAGGGAAUUUCGCACGGAUCCGUCUUUGCUACCACCUGGUUUGAGGAUGACGGUAUCUCUGUCCAGCCUGGUACUUCUUCGUACACCAUCAGCUACAGCUCCACUGAGGAGAAGGUGCUUGUCAAGUUCGAGCAGGGUGAAACUGGCUUCACUCCCGCUUGGAAGGAUUUGGAUAUUGUUUUGCACAAUGGUGACCAGCGCCGCGUUGUCUCAAGCACAGGUGAUGAAAUCGUGCUUAAGGGUACUGACUCGCGUGGUCGUGUCGUCUACACUCUUAAGGUCUAA